UUUACCAGCUUGCCCAGAAACCUUAGGGAGCCAGCUCCGUCUCUCCUCCCCUGUCGAGCAGAAAAACCCUACUCCCAUUCAACUGAGCUCCGAUUGAAUGUUCGCAUCACUUCUCGCCCUCGGCGAUAUCUGACCUUGCAGCUUCUUCCGUCCCCGAAGCCGUGACGAUUUCCAUUUCAGGUGCUUGAAGUAAAAAGGUGAUUUUGGGGAAGUUAUCAUCCAAUGGCUUACCUUCAGUAUGGGAGGAAUGCUAUUCAGCAGAUCGUUAGAGGCGCCAGUCUUCGAACCGCCGAUGGCGCGGCGCACCCUCUGUUACAUGCUUGCAAAGGUCUCAGAUACAGAAAGCUCGAAGUCAUUCUUACGACGAGCAUAGAUAAGCUCGGGAAAGCCGGCGAGACUGUCAAGGUUGCUCCGGGGUAUUUCCGCAACCAUCUGAUGCCUAAGCUUUUUGCGGUCCCGAAUAUCGAGAAGUAUGCUUAUCUCAUCAGGGAGCAACGCAAGAUUUAUCAACCUGUAGAAGAAGAGAGUGUCAAAGUUGUGACGGAGACUAAAGAUAACAGAACGAAAGAAUACGAGGCCGCUGCUAAACGCCUAGAUAAUGCUCGCCUGGUAUUGAGGAGACUCGUCAAUGUUGAAAAGUUGCAUAAACGUGCCACAAAAGACGAGCCUAUAGAACUCCAAACACCUGUGACAAAAGAAGAGAUUGUCACCGAGGUGGCGAGACAACUUUGUGUGCAGAUCAAUCCCGAGAAUCUUAACUUGCCAUCACCAUUGUCAACUGUGGGAGAGUACGAAGUGCCUCUCCGCCUGCCCAAGUCGAUUCCUUUACCCGAGGGGAAAAUUCAGUGGACUCUCAACGUUAAAGUCCGCUGUAAAUAAAUGAGAGAUAUAUGAAAACGUUUGGUGCCAUCGAGUGGACAAUGUUCACAAUUUGCAUUAGAUGGAAGGUGGUAGAGUUUUGCUAGAGCAUAGGUCUUGACAUUGUAUUCCUUCAAAUGGAAUUUUCCAUUUUUUCUGCUCUCUCAACUGUGCAUCGGUAUCUGAUGAAACCUUAAUGAUGAGGUUUAUGGCUAAUCUUUUAUUGAGUAAGCCCAAGUUGUAAGAUUUCAUGACUUGGGCACCUGUUGUUCUUGAUGGAAAAGUACUGAAAUAAAAUUACCGAAAAUGGAUUGUUUGGCGUUAA